CUCGAUUGCUUGACGUGCCAGUCUAUAAGAAAGAAUUAACGAUAUAUUUUCCUUAACUGAAUGUGUUGAUAAAUUGUGGUAAUUAAAUAGUUAUUAUUACUAAAAUGUUAAAAUACAGUGCGAUUUUGCUUUGUCUUACAAUUGUAACCGGCUCGAAAGAAUGGCGGACGGGCUACAAAUACUUCGACGGAAUCAAUGGCUGGUUGAAACUCCAUCGUAUACCGGCAAACUGGGAGACAGCGCGAAUGAGGUGUCAAAGUGAAGGUGCAGAACUAGCAUCUCCUGAAGACGCUGAGAUGUUGGAAACGAUGACUGUGAUGAUUAACAGGAAUAAUGUCCACUGCGGUGUGUUCACCGGGUUUCAUGACACGUACUCUGAGGGUUACUUCUAUUCCAUUUCAGGAGUACCACUAACUAAGAUCCCUUCAAAGUGGCAUGUGAAACGGGGAAAAUGCACUGAAGAGAUCGGUGACAGCUACAUGUUGCUGCCUGAUGGUUCUAUCGAUAUGACCAACAGGAGUAACGCACACCCCUACUUUUGCUAUAAGAAAUACGAGAACAUCCCUUACAACAGUCUAUGUGGAACUUCAGACAAAGGGUAUGGGUUCGAAAGUGCAACUGGCAGCUGUUACAAGUUCCAUAAAGAAGGCAGGACCUGGCAUGAAGCAGCCGGUAUUUGCGCAGGGGAAGGCGCACAAUUGACAGUCAUUAAUAGCCAAGAGGAAGCUAAAGUGUUACACGACUUGUUUGCGAAGCACCCUCAAUCAGAAAUCGACUCGCAAUUCAAAGAUUCCGCCAUGAUCGGAUUCCUGGACUGGGGCAAAAAAGGCGGAUGGUUGACUAUAAACGGACAGUCGUUGAAGGCAGCUGGGUACGAUAAGUGGUCUGGUGGACAACCUGAUCACUCUGGCCAUCCUGCCAAUAAACCUGUUCAGUUCGAGACCUUCUGUGGUGCCAUAUUCCGGACAGCACUAUUGGAUGAUAUCUGGUGUGACGUCAAAUUCGCAUUCAUCUGCGAAAAGACGGCCCAAAUGAUAUCUGACGAAUCACAGUACCAAGACCUUAAUGUGUGCCAACAGUAACAAUUACUUACAUAAUUUUACUAUUACCUUCCACUACUAGUCGGUUGGAAGAAAUUGCUGUUAUAUGCGGGCGGAUUAUAUUAUGAUCUUCAUUGUAUAUGUUUAAUUGUUUUUUAUAUCGUGUGUAAUAAAUAAUAUUUGUGACAAGGGAUGCAGAAACAACA